AUGGACUCCUCGAUCCUCAUCAUUGGCGCCGGGACGUUCGGCACCUCAACCGCCUACCACCUCGCCCAAACCCACGAGAACCCCUCACAAAUCACAAUCCUCGACUCUGCUGCCUCACUUCACAAUCCCGCCGCCGCCAUCGACGUCAACCGCAUCAUCCGCACCGACUAUCCGAACUCGCUCUACUGCGACCUCGCAUGCGAAGCCAUCCACUCCUGGUUCUGGAGCAUCGAGCUGGGUCCAUGUUUCCACAAAGUCGGAUGGUUGAUGCUCGAUGAGAAAGGCAGUACGCUGUCCGAUCGUAUCCUCGAGACGUUUGCGAAGCGUGGGUCGACGCAGGCGGAGAGGGUGGGGUUGGAGAACUUGGCGGCAAGGUGGGAGGUGUUGAAAGAUACCGACACGGAUGGGUUCAGGAGUGCGUAUUUCAAUCCUGAGGCUGGAUGGUGCGAUGCGGCGAGUGCGACGAGGAGAUUCUUGGAGACGGCGGAGAAGAAAGGUGUGAGAAGGGUGACCGGCAAAGUGGCGGAAUUUCUGUUGGACCAGAAGAAUGGAAGGGUGGAAGGAGCAAAGACCGAGGAUGGCAGAGUCUUCAAGGCGGAGAGGGUCAUCCUCGCCACUGGAGCUUGGACAAGCAGUCUCCUGUCACCCGUGGAAGACAUCCUGGGCAUUCCAGAAGAGGAUCGCAUUGAAGGACAAGUUCAAGCAACGGGCAUUGCUGCAGCUUAUUACCGCGUAUCCUCCGAAGAAGUGACCCAGCUGACGGACUCGAAGUUGCCUUGUAUGGUGUAUGGCGGCCAAGGCGAAGUGAUCCCUCCGUCGCAAUCCAACCAAUUGCUGAAGUAUUCUAACUCCCAACGGACGUUGAACAACACAGUCAUCACUCCCUCAGGACGGAAGAUAACCAUGCCUCCCGCAAAUCAGAGCCAGUACGAAGUUCCGGAGGCCAUAAAGUGGGAGACUGAAAACAUCAUCACAUCCAAGGUUCUGCCGUCGUUCGCGAAGGAUAAGAAGGCUGAUUACUGGCGUAUUUGCUGGGACGCACAGACGCCUAGCGAGGACUGGUUGAUGUGCAAGCAUCCGCAUCAGAAACUCAGCAAUCUGUAUCUCGCGGUCGGUGGCAGCUUCCAUGCGUACAAAUUUCUUCCCAACUUUGGCAAAUAUAUGCUCAACGUACUGCAAGGCAUCAGCAAUGGCGAAGAGAAGGAUCGAGCGUGGAGUUGGAAGAGUGGCCAGGAUGAGUUCAAAGACGAGCAUUCGUUUGGGUUGUUGAUGGAGAAGUCGGCGCCGCGGAAGGAGCUACGGGAUCUGGAGAGGGCAAGUUGUCGGACCUCAUCGGCGCGGCUCUAG